GUACACUUUGGCACAGUCAUAUCUUGAGAAUAACUGUACAUACCAUCUCUAGGCAUGUUUGUAUAUGUGUGUGUGUCUGUGUGUGUGUGUGGGGUGUGUGUGUGGAAUUUGUCUGGUCAGUCUCUGGCGCUGAGUUUCUUGCCCACAACCGGGGGUUGAUCCUUUGAUGUUCCAAAAGCUAGGAAAUUGGGUCCACUGUCUUACCUCGCCCAGGCCACAAAGAUGUCAAAUGGGCUCAUCUUUGCAGACUGGUCGGAGCCGACUUAGUGAUUAACGAACACAGUUCAUCAGGUUAAAAGCAUUCUGAAAACUCCAAAGUUUAUUGAUUGUCCUGAUACAUGUGCAUAUGCUACACUGUAAUUUUAAAUUAAAGGAUGUGGGGAAAAAUACAUUAGCAUAGCUGUUUCAGGAAUUAAAAAGACGGAUAUUGUGUUAAUUACGUUAAUUAUUAUUAAUGCGCUCAACAGCAAAUAGUAAUAAUUAAUAUUAACUCAUUUUCACAGCUCAAAUAUGUUUUUAUUGUAGGACUUUUUUUUUGCCUGUCCAUGUGCCAAUAAUGCGUCGCCAUUGGUUGCUGGUUGGUGCUUGUGGCUGGGUGCUGCUCAUUCUUAUGUUCGUCAGCAAGUUCAUCAACUUCAGCUUCAGAAUACCAGGUGACUUUGCUGGGAGGGCAGACAUGUUUGUUUGGACCAUGCCAUCUGUUACAACAAAACUACCUUCAGUCCAGAGGCCAGACAAGGAAGCAUCACAGCCAUAUAUAUUGUCCUCAGUUAGUCCCUCUGUGGUGGAGCCCAUAGACUGGCAGUCAGUGAAUGAGAAGCGUUUGGAGCUGUUAUCAACUGUUUGCAGAAAUUCAUCUCUUUGGAACCUCACCCACACAAAUGUGCGCAAGUUUGUCUUGGACCGCAUUUUUGUGUGUGACAAGCACAAGAUUCUCUUCUGUCAGACACCCAAAGUUGGAAACACACAGUGGAAGAAGGUUCUAAUUGUCCUAAAUGGAAAGUUCUCAAAGGUUGAAGCUAUACCAGAGAACUUGGUUCAUGACCAUGAAAGAAAUGGUUUACCUCGCCUGUCCUCUAUGACUGACACAGAAAUCCAUCAAAGAUUGAAUUCCUAUUUCAAGUUUUUUAUUGUCAGAGACCCAUUUGAGCGCCUCAUAUCUGCUUUCAAGGACAAGUUUGUGAAGAACCCAAGAUUUGAACCCUGGUACAAACAUGACAUUGCCCCAGCCAUCAUUCGCAAAUAUCGCAAAAGUCACCAUGAUGAUAGUGAAAGUGUGGGUCUUCAGUUUGAAGACUUUGUUCGGUACUUGGGUGACAAGCCAGGACGACGGCACUUGGACAGGCAGUUUGGUGACCACAUUAUUCACUGGCUGACGUAUGCUGAGCUGUGUGCUCCUUGUGAUAUUUCCUACAAUGUUGUGGGACACCAUGAGACUCUGGAGCUUGAUGCUCCUUAUAUUCUAAAAGCUGCUGGUAUUGCUGACCUGGUGUCAUACCCCAAUAUCCCACCAGGGAUAACCCGCUACAACCGCACAAAGGUGGAACGCUAUUUUACUGGAAUCAGCCAACGAGAUGUUCGUCGCCUUUAUGCUCAUUACCAGGGAGACUUCAGCCUGUUUGAUUACCAGAGACCUGCCUUCUUAUUGGACUGAUGUACAGAUUUCCUGAUAAUUUUUAGGCUAUUUUUAUGGACUUUUUAGCUUACCGAUAAAAUUGUGGUUGCCUCAAAAAUAGUGUUCAAUUGCCUGACCUCCAUGAUGGUGUAUAUAUUGUUCUUUUGCACUGAUCUGAGACAUAAUUAGUUACUUUACACAUAAUAAUAAUAUAUAUGUAUUUACAUGAUGUUUAGAUUUGGCUUGGUUGAGGAUCCAAGAGGGUAACUUCAGCCAUAAUUUAUUAGGAUCCAACAGUGCAGCAGUAAAGUUUAUCUUUCCGUUUUGUCUUUAGUUUAUGUUUUACUACUUUUCAUUGGUUUUAGAGUCUAAGCUUGAUGGUAAUUUCUGUAUUUGCCAUAUAAUGAUUAAGUGCCAUAAUAUUAUUUAGAAAAGUUUUAUGGAUUUCAUGAACUGAUUUUCAGACAUAGUAUAUACUAUUAUAUUGUAUUAUAAAAUAGUAUUUAAAAAGUUAAGUUAAAAUGUUGACUAUUUCUUGGACACCUUGCAGUUUUUAGUUUUUUUUUAUACCAGUUUACUUGUGGACUUAUAAUAUUUAAAUCUUUUUAUACUUAAAGUAUGGUAGUACUGACAGAUCCCAAAAUAGAUUUUAAUAAAUCUUAUAAUUUUGUUCUCAA